AUGAGUUACGGUAAAAUAAGAACUUUUAACAUUUUCCAUCCCCCGGACCCCGCGGAUCCCUCAUAAUGGAAUCCAGACCGAGGAAAGGCUACGGAGGGUGGCCAGUGCUGAGGCUAUGGUUUUCCCUGGCGUGCUUUACCGGCGCGACCGCGCAGCUCAGCUACUCUGUUUCGGAGGAGCUCAGACCAGGGGCUGUGGUCGGGAAUAUCGCUAAGGAUUUGGGUCUCACCGUUCAAAGGAUAAUUCAGAGAAAAUUGCGGGUGGUCUCGGAAUCUAACGCGCAGUACUUCGAGGUAAAUCAGGCGACUGGGGAUUUUGUUAUUAGACAGACAAUUGACAGGGAACACAUGUGCGAAUUAAAUCCAACAUGUUCACUACAUCUUGAGAUUGUACUUGAGGACCCUUUAGCAAUACAUCGGGUUCUUGUGGAUAUUGUGGAUGUGAAUGACAAUGCGCCGCAGUUUUCCAAUAAGAAUAUUUCCUUGGAGAUAUCAGAGGCGGCCGCGCCAGGCACUCGGUUCCGACUGGAGAGUGCACACGACCCAGAUGUGGGUAUCAACUCUCUGCGCACUUAUCACCUAGCACCCAACGACUGCUUUGUUUUGAAUGUGGAAACGAAAAGUGACGGGAGUAAGAUCCCGGAAUUAGUUUUAGAGAAGGCUUUGGAUAGGGAGACGCAGGCCUCGUUUCGCCUGUUGCUCACUGCGGUAGACGGGGGACAGCCGGAGAAGUCUGGCUCCACUCUUUUACUCAUUAAAGUUCUGGAUGUCAAUGACAAUGCGCCCGUCUUUGAAGAGCCGGUGAAAAAAGUUAGCAUUUUGGAGAAUGUUGAACCGGGCACUUUAGUAACGAAACUGAACGCGACCGACGCGGAUUACGGUCAGAAUGGUCAAAUCUCCUUCCUGUUUAGUAAAUACACGCCGGAACGUGUGCUCAAGCUAUUCAGCGUGGAUUCUAAAACCGGGGAGAUCCGUGUGAAUGGCCAGGUGGAUUAUGAGACAGCGAAUGUAUAUCACAUCACUGUGCAGGCCAGGGAUGGGGGAACCCCCGCCAUGGAGGGUUCCUGUAACAUCAUAGUUGACGUCACUGAUGUGAAUGACAAUUCUCCAGAGGUAACGUUGACUUCACUGAAAAAUCCCAUCAGAGAGGAUGCAGCUCCUGGUACAGUCAUCGCCCUCAUCAGUGCGAGGGACCUGGACUCUGGUAAGAACGGGGAGGUGACGUUAAAGGUCCAGUCUGGCCUGCCCUUCAAACUCAACUCUGCCUUUGGUGAGCACUACAAUCUCAUCACCAAUGGCAACCUGGACCGAGAGAGCAUGGCCGAGUACACUGUGGUCAUCAUGGCGACUGACGCGGGCUCCCCUCCCCUGUCGUCACGGACGACUUUCGUGGUCAAGCUCUCAGACGUGAACGACAACGCUCCUUCAUUCUCCCAGCCCUCCUACUCCGUGGACGUCCCCGAGAACAACGCCCCCAGCACCCCCAUCACCAUGGUGAUGGCCUCUGACCCGGACACGGGGGACAACGCCCGCGUCUCCUUCUCCAUCCUGCCCAGCAUGGUCCAGGGCUCCCCCAUUUCCUCCUAUGUCUACAUCAACCCAGAGACUGGACACAUCUACAGCAUGCGCUCCCUAGACCACGAGAUCCUCAAUGCCUUCCGUAUCGAGGUGCAGGCCCGAGACGCCGGGGCACCCCCCCGGACCGCCAACGUCACCGUGCAUGUGUUCGUAGUGGAUCUUAACGACAACGCGCCCCUCAUCGUGUACCCCCCCUUCCCCCAGGAUACGGGGCUGCAGCUCAGUGUACCCCAGUCGGCUGGGCCGGGUCAUCUCAUUAAUAAACUAGUAGGGGUGGACCCUGAUAGUGGACAUAAUGCCUGGCUGUUCUAUUCCAUCGCCCCAGGGCCACACGUUGGUCUCUUCCGCAUUGCCCCCCACACUGGGGAGCUCCGCACCGCCCGCAAACUAGCCGAGGAGGAGGGCGGCUCCGCCUAUGACAUCAUCGUGGUCGUCCAGGACAACGGCGAGCCCACUCUCUCCACCACUGUGGCCAUCACAGUAACCGUGGAGGAGAAGGGCGCCAGCGACGCCGCCACGGACAACCGGAAGACGUCUGUGAUGCGUCACACCGGGAUGCCUGAUAUCACCCUGUACCUCAUCAUCUCGCUGGCCUGCGUCUCGGCCGUGUUCUUCCUCACCUUCCUCAUCCUCAUGGUGCGAUGCCUCCGCCACCGCAGCGACCUUGGAGGGACAGGCUGCUGCUACAGCCACCACCGGCCCAGCAGGGCCCACCAUCAGAGACCCAGCAAGGACCUCCACCUGCAGCUCAACACAGACGGACCCAUCCGUUACAUGGAGGUGGUGGGAGGGGCUCAGGACCCCCCAGGAACACGGAACCUACAGACCCUGCUACUCCACCAUCUCCAGCCGAAGUGACUUUGUGUUUGUCAAGACGCCCAUGAUGAGUCACAACAACACCCUCAGCAUGACGCUCAACAGGAAGCACCUAAUGAACUCAGCCAUUGAGGUGAGGGCACUGGGGGGAGGAGACAGGAUAUUGGCCAAUAAAGUAAUGGGAAAAUCCCUUGACCAAUGA